AGCCUAGUCAUUAACCCUCCCAUUUACUCCCUCCCCAACGGCCUCGGGUGAGAUCACUUCAAAGACACCAGCGUCUUCGAAGCCCGAAUUAUUCCCCCGUGAGUGGGAUCUGCACAAAAUGGUCCAAUCGCUGGGUCUGUUCAUGUGCUCCAGGCGCCUGUAUACAUGGUGCUUCACCAUGUUUUGCUUAGGGCUCCUGGCUCUACUGUACAUCAGACUGUUGAAGGAUGAUCUCACUUUAGUUUUGAGUCGAGUCGAGAAACAUCCGGCCAGGCGCAAACCGAACGCACUGGUUCUGGCCAAAACUAGCUCUGAGGAUGUCGCCUGGGCCUACGCUCUCAAGCCCCAUUGGAAACCUUACAUCUACACCUCCGACAAAGAGCCUGGAUACCGUCCUAUCCCGGCAAACAAGGCCCGCGAGGGCAUGGCAUACCUGACGCACAUCAUUGAACACUACGACUACCUUGCCGAUGUUACGGCUUUCAUGCAUGCCUCCGCCACUCAGUGGCAUAACGAUGUUGGCGACAUGGCUUCAUCUUCACUGCUUCAAAAACUCAGCCUGGACGCCGUGAACAAGGCUGGGUAUGCAAAUCUCCGCUGUGAGCACCGCCCAGGAUGUCCCGUGGCCGUGCGCCCCUUUGAUCCAGCCAUGGAGUCGAAUCAUAACGUGGUGUAUCGCAACUUCACCUCUAUCUACAUGGACAUGUUCUCCGUGCCGCGGGACCAGGUCCCUACCGAGAUCGGUGGGGUCUGUUGUGGUCAAUUUGUACUAACAAGGGACCGGAUCCGGGAACGGCCACGAGAUGACUAUGUGCGAAUACGCGACUGGGCUUUGGCGACCGAUAUGGAUAAUUUUGCGGCGGGGUCGGUCUUUGAGAUGCUCUGGCAUAUCAUCUUCCUUGAGCAGCCUGUUUCAUGCCCCGAUGUCCAACAGUGUUAUUGUGAGCUUUACGCGAUGUGUCCAGAAAUCGAUGCUGGCUCUUGAGUCACGACAUCUUUGGCACUUUGUUGGGCCAAAUUCCUGCAUAAGCUGAGUCAGGUCUUAUGGCGCCUUCUGGUGCGACCGUCAAUACUAGGCUGACAACUCACGUAUGCGUGUGAGCCUGUUGCGGCUGAUUCAACACCGGCCAGU